UUGGUAUUCGUGAAAUCGAACGAGUGUCAACUAGACGAGUUUUCUACUUGAGAGUUUAGACUUUUCAACCAACCAUGAUGUGAGAGGUUGUCACUGGCCUCCAAAACAAGACUUUUACCAUGAUCCCUGUUUACUUCGGACUCAAGGAAUGUCCGCUUGUUUUGAUCUUAGUGCCAUCUGAUAAGAUAUGAUAAAAACUUAUUUGUGUUGCCGUUUUAUCUGAUUGAAGAUCUAAUUAGUUUGUGUUCCAUACUUUAAGUCUUUAGAAUUCUCAGCGAAGUAUAUUAAAAUAUGGCUGAUGAGUGAGGAACUACUAAUCUUAGUUGCAAGUACUGAAUCUAGAAUGGAUACUUCCAGGAUAUUUCCUUGCAUUGUACAUCUAUAGUUGUACUUUGAGCGUAAAUGAUGAACAUCUCCGAAGUCUUAUGGAUAUUUUUUCUUCUAUAACUGAAUAUGCUUGCCAUCUUAAUUUCUUCCUUGUCUUCUGUUCCAUUUCUACUUUUGUUAUACCUUCAUCCAAAUCAAUCAUGAGCGAAAAUGAACCAAAGGACAGUCCUGCGGCAAAAGCUGCCAAAGCCGCCGCGAAGAUUCUAAGGAGGAAGAGGAAUCGUAACGCCGUUAAGUACUUCGCUGCUGCUAUGGCAGCAAUUAUGGCUCUUUUUAUUCUAUCCAAAUGGAUUCGUUUUCUUUAUAUUCGAUAUACACCGAGGAACAAACCUAAGGCCAUUAAAGUGCUAGUUACUAUUACAAGGUCUGUUUUACCAAUUGAUGAAUAUCAGAGACCAUUUCCUAAUAUAUAUCUGGUCGACAGGUCAUUGAGGAAAGUUUUUAUACAAAAGAUUUGGGGUUUUACAUCGAUUGGACACUCCAUCAUCUUCCUCGUAUAUACUGCAACAAUACUUGCCGUUACCUUUAAAGAUGUAGGGGGCUGGCCAAAGUACAAUAAUUUUGCAAAGCGACUAGGUUGGUAAGUACAUCAUCACAUAGUGCCCUAGUCCUGGGUAUACGUAUUAGCUAAUUCUCAUAAAGGGUUGCUGCAGCUCAUAUUACCUUCAUUACCUUCCUAGCACUUAAGAAUACACCCCUCGCAUUUUUAACGAAUUACUCUUACGAAAGUCUCAGAGUCUUCCACAAGCUCGCAGGAUAUGGUACCAUUCUUUGGUCUACUCUUCACGCCAUUUUCUAUAUUAUCUAUGAAGCACAGUCCAAUUCUUACGAUACAUUACUUGAAAAGCACCAAAUUUUCGGUAUAGUUGCUGGAAUUGCUAUGCUAAUAAUCCUCUUUACUUCUCUUUUCAUUUACAGGAUGCAAUAUGAAAUCUGGUAUAUCGUUCAUAUUGUGAUGUACUUACUCAUACUUAUUACGGUUGCUAUGCAUAGACCAAAAAUUUCUGACCACACUGUAUACAUGAUAUUUGUUGCAUCGGCCAUAUGGUUUUUUGAUCGUUUGCUGCGACUCAGUUACCUUUGUUACUAUUUCUUUGGAAAUUUUGUCACUCUUACACCGUUACCAAAUGGGGGUACUCGAGUUUUGAUGCAUAGAUCAUCCAAGUUCAUCGAAUCGGGAACCCACGCUUUCUUGUGGAUUCCGGCUAUUCGUGCAAUCGAGACUCAUCCUUUUACUAUUGCUUCUGUUGAUGGUGCUAAGGGGAUUGGUUUCGUUGUAGCUGCUUGUGAUGGGUUUACAAAUGACCUUCAUAAUUUGGCAAUAAAAAAUCCCGGUGUAAAACUUCGUGCCUCGAUUGAUGGUCCUUAUGGAUCAGUGGUGGAAUUUUCACGCUAUGAUAAGGUCAUUUUCAUCGCUGGUGGCUCAGGCGGUGCUUUUACUUUUGGCACUGCUAUCGAAACCAUGCAUAGACUUGCAAAGAAUACGGCCGUGUCUAACACUGUCCUUGAAUUCAUAUGGGUCGUUCGUGAAGAAGGUAUGCUUGAUCUUGUCAUUCACGCCGAAUUAUCACUUAAUGAUCUUAAUUAGGCACCGUCAGUUGGUUCAGUAAUGAAUUGCAAGAGCUGAAUUCAUCACCAAAUGUCAUCGUGCGGCUUUUCUGCACAGGAAAUGUUGCAAAUAAGGCUUUCAGUGGAUCAGAUAGGACUUUAAGCAACAGUCUUUCUGGGAAAGAUAAUCUAUCAGUCAAAGUUUCUCCAGUAACUGUCCAUGGUAAUAAUGAGCAUAAGCCACAAGAACUUGAAGACUUGGAAAAGAUUACCACCACAAAAGAAACUAAUUCCAUAAACAGGGUUGAAGAAAAUUCAUUGAUGAUAGCCAGUGGCCGACCUGAUGUAUUGAAUAUUAUUCAGAAUGUUGCACAAGGUUGCGAUGAUAGUCAAAGGGUAGCAGUUGUUGCUUGCGGUCCUGGAUCUUUGAUGAAAAGUACAAGGUCGGCGGUUGCUAAGUGUAUCACAAUAAAUGGGCCGGGUUUGGAAUUACAUAGUGAAGAGUUUUCAUGGUGAUGGGAAGAACUUCUCUACUGUGAAGGUUUGCUCAUUCAGGACAUGGAAAUGCUUGUUGAACUCAUUACUUUGGUAUAAGCCUGGAACUAUUUUGUAGCUGGAUAGAUGAGAUGUAAGCCUCUUGUGUUUAAGCUGCUCCAACAUUCGUUAACAUGUCAUUUUACCUAACGAUUUGAUUGGGGGUUGUUGGUUCAAUUGAA